AUGGACUUAUCAGCGCUAUCUUCUGAUCUACCAUCUACAAAAGCGGUCUCGGAAGCUUCAGUUAAGGAGUUGGCCCAAGAACUUACAGUUGAAUUCAAAAAUGCUGCUAAAGCUGUUGCCGGGCUAUAUAACGUAGCAGCGUCAGCAAAUAAAACCCUUGGGAAUGAUUCUACAUCAACAGCUAAAAGUGCAGCAGCAUUGAAGCAGGACUUCUCAGACACUGCCAAGUCUGUCGCGUCACUCUAUCGUUUAGCAAACACCUCCACAGUACUAUACAGACUCAAAGGCUAUUUGGAUUGUCUUGACGAAAUCUUGGAAAUUAUCGAAAACGGAGAAGAUCUUGAAAAUUGGGUGCUUACCAGGAAAGCAGAGAUCUCAAAUUUGCAUAAGGCUGAUUCAUCAAAAUUAACCAAUCCAGUUCUGCUGCCAAAUUCUCACGAACCACAGAUUGAUAACAACCAACACAACAAUAACAAUACCAGUAGUAUGAAUAAUGCUAAUUCCACUGGUUCCACGAUUCUUUCAUCCGAUAACAUUGAAGAUUUUUCAAUCCCUCAAGACUUUGAAUUUAAAAUGCCUGAUUCUUUAGCUGUAUCUCAUCAUUUUAGACUUAGUCACCCCCCUAUGUCAGUACAACACUCCAAAAACCAAAUAGUCCAGCGUAAAAUGAUGCUCAACGAAAUUGCCAAUAGAAAACGAUCUCUUCAAAUUAACAGUCAACUCCCACAGGAGAAUGAACAUGAAAGUGACGAGCAUUCAAACAGUGAAGAAGAAAGCAUAAGAUUAGAUACUUUUGAAGGAGAAGAGUCUCGAAAACGAAGACGACUCAACGAAUGUAGGUCAUCACUAACUUCAGACGAAGAUUAA